UCCAGCUUCUCCUUAGUCAUACCUCGCAUGCUUUUGAUGUGGCGUUUGAUUCUAGUCUCCCACAGCCCCUCGAUGGUAUUGGUGUGUGUGCCGGUGAUGGGGUCGACGAAGUUGAGGUUGUGGCGGUUGUUCUCUAGAGUGUGCUGCUUGUUGCCACGUUCACAGACAUACGUGGCAAACAUGUCGGACAUGAUCUUGGGUUUCCUUGGUACGCUUGUCGUGCACGAUGCGCCCGAACCAGCGUCCAUAACGACCACGGUUGUAUUCACGCUUCUUAGCGAGGCUGGUCUCAUCGAUCUCGACGAGAUGUCCUUCGCCUCCAAUCUGUUGAGCAACAAACCGCAACAUUAG